AUGCGCCGAGAGCAAGAGAUGCAGAUAGAGUUGCUGAUACCUGUGUCCGUGAGGCGCAGCUUCCGCUGGCACUGGAGUCUGGUCCAAACAGAAGAGGGGAGCCCCAGUAGGCGGUUGGAAGAGAAGUGGGAGCCGGGACGCAAGGAGAUUCUUCUGGGCUCCAGAUGCCCUCUGCUCUUAUUCCCAAGGGGUCAGUAUUUAUCAGUUACAUGUGAAAGUGUGAGAAAGCAGUUCAUAUUUGAAUUUCUGGCUUCUCAUCUGUAUCUUUUAUCAGAAAUAGGCAAGGUCUCUCUGAGAGUCAGUGAAGCAUAUCAGCAAGUACCUCCUGGAGUCAAAGCAGAGGUGAAAGGCCCGCAGAGCCAGGACAUCAUAGCUGUGUUCCGGACCACGCUAUUUCUCCAGCUGGUGAGAUCCCAAGGCACAGAUUCCUCAAAAAUGAGCGAGGAGAGAGUGACAUAUGUGGAGCUAAAAUUACCCCAUUCAAGGGAACAGAAGGACAAAAGACGUCCAAUGGAUAAAAGGAGAGAAUUUCCAUGGUAUACGGUUGCAUUAACCCUAGGAGUUAUAUGUUUUCUCCUCCUGCUGACAAUCACAGGCUUAGGAUUUAUGUUUUUUCAGAAGUGUUUUGCACACACAAUGCAAGAUAUGAACAAUACAAAAGAAAAAAGUGCUUCCUUAGGAGAGGCCGAAGAUCACUCUAUUUUAUUGCCUAUUACAGAUAAAGACUAUGACUCAUUUCAAGGAAGUUGGUACUGCUGUGGAAAAAGCUGUUACUAUUUUUCAAAAGAAGAGGAAACUUGGGAGAGGAGUAAGAAGUCAUGCGAAGACCUGCGUUCUAGUCUCAUUAAGAUUGAUAAUAAAGAGGAGCAGAACAUCAUUCAAUCAAAAAUAAAAUACAACUAUUGGAUUGGAUUACAUAAAACAGGAGCUAAGACUUCCUGGAAGUGGCUGGAUGGCACUCUCUUAUCUCAGAUGGUGAAUUUCCAGCAAAGUUUAAUGGAUGUAAAAUGUGGACACCUCAAGUCAUCGAAAAUUUUUACUGCUGAUUGUAGUAAACCCUUUCGUUACAUUUGUGAAAAAAGAGUUCACUGGCCCUGAUUAUUAAAAGAAUUACUGUCAUCAAAGUUUUAAUGUUUUCUUUCUUUAACAGCUAUUAGGGAAACAAUUUAGGAUAUUAACUCAAAUUAGCCCAAUAUGCAUGAUUU